UGGACCUCUCAGUGACCAGGGCUGGCCUGCUGGAGGCCCCAGAGGGGACACAUGGCCAUGACCCUGUGCAUCCAGCUGGGACUCAGAGCUGUAGCUCAGCAGUCAGGGGGUGACAUGCAGCAGUGGGGCCCAGCCCUGCCUGCUCCAGUUGGUACCACAGUCCUCCCGGAUCCCAGCCUGGCUGGGGUCCUCGGGCGCCCCCCUACCUCAACUGGGUCAGGAUCCUGGGGAGGGACUCGAACAGGGCAGCCACCCCGCCACCUUCCACCAUCAGCUGCCAAAUGGGUUGCUGUGUCUCCCUGGGACCUAAGUUCUGUGUGGGGAUCAUGACCUGCUUUCCUGAUACAGGGAAUUCGGGGUGGGGGGGGGUCCCUCAGCAAAUGCAAUAACCCCUCCCCUCCACUGCCCCCUCCCAAGAGGAGCCCCUGACUUAGUCUGUUACCUCUGUGUUGGGAAAGUCUGCUGUGAACUCCCAACUGCCCCCCCACCCUGUUGUCUCGCCCUUCAGGCCCCCAGGAGAAGGGAGGCAGGGGCAGUGAUGGCAGGAGCUUUUGUAUCAGACUUUCUGUCUUGAACAUAAAGGAUCUAUCUGCAUCAGGACCUAUGUGGCUGGGCAUGCGGGGUGUGGGGUGUGGGGUGGGCUGGGCCUGGGAAAGAAUGCAGCAGCUGAAAUCUAUCAUCUUCCUUGAGCUCCAAAUUGAAUUAGGAGCUGGCCCCAGGCCACCGCCCCAUCCCACCACCCUCCCAACCCGGCUUCUGGCUGUCGGCCACCAGGCUUCCAGGCAACGUGAGAUUCCUGGCGACGGAUGGUUCAAAUCCUGCCCCGUCUCAUCAAGGCUGCCUGUCAGCCCCUGUGGAGAGUGGGCGCAGGGGCCUUGCACCAUUGCUGAUGCAGCCUGAGGCACCCACCUGGGACCCCUGAAUCUCACCCUUAUACCUCCCCCCUCAGCCUUCACAGGACGUUCAGAGUCCACAGGCGUCCAUGGUGCAGUGCUUCAUGUGGGACAUAAAACCAGCCUUGUUUUGACAGCCAGCUUCAUCCUGGGAUUGAGGGGAUCAAGGACAGGGCGGGUGGGACUCCAGCCAGACCUGCAGGGAAGGGAGAGGGUGGGUCCAGGUCAGGAACGUUUGGGAGCCAGCUGAGGACCUGCUGCUGGGAGAAGGCAAGUCCAGCUGGCACCCCAGUUGCAGUGGGGGUGCUGGGAAGGGGUUUGUCCAAGCCUGAGCCUGUGUUAAUGGGCAGGGUGGGAGCUGUGGUCUGGAUGACUUGGGGCAACCCUGGGCACGUGAGGGUGCUGAAUGUCUGGUGGGGGACAGCUCUGGUGCAAGGGGGUGGCUGGGUGAGCAGGACGCGUGUCUGUUGGGUGGCUGGUGGCCAUGUAGAGUGAGGGCCAUGACUUGGGUCUGGGUGAGUGGGGACCACUGUCCGUGUUCAGGGUGCACCUUGUGGCAUCUUGGGGUGUGGAGUGUGACGGUGGUGCCUGUUUCCCAGGGUGUUGCUUGCGGGGAUGGGCAACUGGCUGGGGCUUGGGUUAUCCAGGGUUGAGGACCUGUCUGCCGGUGUAGGGGGCUAUAAGUGUGUGGGCCUCAAGGUGUGGCAGGUGCUGGGGUGCAGCCAGGUCUAGGGUGGAGCAGGUGCCGUUCCUGUGCCUGGGAUGCACCGAGUGUACCUCUGACCUGCAGUGUGACACUGAGGCUUGAAGGUGAGCCUGUAUCUCCCAGAGCUUAGGACUGCAAUGGGGGUCAUUCUGGAGGGGUGUAUUUAGGGUCUCGAGGGAAUGGCUGUUGUCACGGCACCCCUGGAUGGUCUCCUGUGCUGAGGGGUGAGGGCAGCUCAGUGAGUCCAGGUGUGUAACAAUGGUAUCUUGGGGGCAGGUGUGGCCACUGCUGGGUCUCAGGGUGUGUGGCUGUACAGGUGACCCCCAAGGCUGGGAGUAUUUCUCAGCCGAAGGCGAGGCCAUGGCUGUGUAUUGGGGUGCAGGGUGUGAUGACUUGCCACGGGUGUCAAACGUGUUGCUCAACACACCCAGGCAGGAUUUGGCACUGGCCUGAUCCCUAGACCUCCCAGUUUCCCGGGGUCCUCAUUGCCGCCCUCUCCUCUGGGUGUGGCCUGGGCUGGGGCCCAAUGUGCAAAUAGUGGGCGGUCUCAGCCAGGAGGAACAAGCACUGCCACUGUCACUCAUCCCAACACCCACAAAGGCUCAGACAGGGCAGGGGGUGCUGCUGUCCCACAGCCCCCCUGUGCCGGGCCCUCCUAGCCCCAAAGCCCUGGUGGGGGCAGCGCCACCCCGUGCAGCCUCCCCAGCCCGCCCUGGGCGAUGCUCAUAUUUUCCAGUGUUUAGAUUUUAUCCUCUUUAUUAAUGAGGCGGGCAAGAAGCCCGAGCAGGGGGGGACUGUCCCCGCCCCGCCAGGAGGAGGGGGUCCCAGGGGCCAGGACAACUCCUGGGACCCUCCGUCAGAGGAGGGCAGCUAGGUUCCUGGGUGGCCCCUGCCCAGCACCAGGAGCACGGUGUGUGGGGGGGUCUCUGUCCUCGAAGGCCCCCAGCAGGCGUCCAUACAGUGCAGAAGGCCAGCAGGGCGUGGUGGAGGCAGGAGCUGAGCACCGCCCCAGGAAGAGGGUGGGUGGGAGCUGCCUGGCCAGAGCUGGUCGCAGAGGGCGCUGAGCCGUGGGGGCCAUGGGGGUCCAGCAUCCCAGGCAGCACCAGCCCUCCCGGCACCUGACAUGAGCCCCUGCGGGCCUCUGAACUCGAGCCUGCCUGGCGAGGCAACAACGUGUGAGGCGCCUGGGGUCCCCAACACGUCGGCACCGUCAGGCGGUCCCAGCGCGUCACCAGCGCUGCCCAUCUUCUCCAUGACGCUGGGCGCAGUGUCCAAUGUGCUGGCUCUGCUGCUGCUGGCACAGGCAGCGGGGCGGCUGCGGCGCCGCCGCUCUGCUGCUACCUUCCUGCUGUUUGUUGCCUGCCUGCUGGCCACAGACCUGGCGGGCCACGUGAUCCCGGGUGCUCUGGUACUGCGCCUGUACACGGCGGGGCGUGCACCGGCCGGCGGUGCUUGCCACUUCCUGGGGGGCUGCAUGGUCUUCUUCGGGCUGUGCCCACUACUGCUGGGCUGCGGGAUGGCUGUGGAGCGCUGCGUGGGCCUUACGCACCCGCUGCUGCAUGCAGCACGCGUCUCUGUGGCCCGUGCGCGCAUGGCGCUGGGCGCGCUAGCUGCAGUGGCCCUGGCCGUGGCGCUGCUGCCGUUGGUGCGUGUGGGGCACUAUGAGCUGCAGUACCCGGGCACCUGGUGCUUCAUUGGCCUCGGGCCACCAGGGGGUUGGCGUCAGGCGCUGCUCGCCGGCCUUUUCGCGGGCCUUGGCCUGGCCGCUCUCCUUGCCGCACUCGUGUGCAACUCACUCAGCGGCCUAGCACUGUUGCGCGCGCGCUGGCGCCGGCGCCGCUCCCAAAGGCUCCCCCAGGUCGUUGGCUCCGACAGCCGCCAGCGCUGGGCACCACGCUCAGCCUCUGCCUCAUCUGCUUCAUCCAUCGCCUCUGCCUCCGCUACCCUGCGCAGCUCCCGGGGCGGCGGCUCGACACGCAGAGCCCGUGGACAUGACGUGGAGAUGGUGGGCCAGCUCGUGGGCAUCAUGGUGGUGUCUUGCAUCUGCUGGAGUCCCCUGCUGGUGCUGGUGGUGCUGGCCAUUGGGGGCUGGAGCUUCAGCUCUCUGCAGCGACCACUCUUCCUUGCCGUGCGCCUUGCCACCUGGAACCAGAUCCUGGACCCCUGGGUGUACAUCCUGCUGCGCCAGGCUGUGCUGCGCCAGCUACUUCGCCUGCUGCCUCCAAGGGCCCGAGCCUGGGGCGGCGCCACAGAGCUGGGCCCCACCAAGGGCGCCUGGGAAGCCAGCUCGCUACGCAGUUCUCGGCACAGCGGCCUCAGUCACUGCUGACUGUGGGACUGACGCAGUGCACCCCAAAGCUUAGGGAAAUAAAGCCAUUUCCAGAG